AUGUUCAAUUAUCUCAGACGAAAAGUGAUGAUUAUAUGAUAGGAUUAUGUGUAUAUUCGAAUAAAGUUUUUUUUAUAAAAAUAUAGUAGUAGAAAUUUAACUGUUACAUAUUAUUAUACAUUUUAGAAAUUGACUUAUUUAUCAGUGUGUCGGUAUCCUUAAAAAGUGAUUGAGACAUGUUUAUUUAUUAUUUUAUUCUUCAAUCGCUUCAAUCCUACACCGUUUCACUCUACAAUCUUAGUAUAAACAAAAUUGGUGCUGCACGUGAAAAGUAAAAGAAGCUUCGAGUAAUUAUGACUCAAGAUCUUUCCAAGGUCCAUUACAAGAAAUGUAGAUACCCAUCCUGCAAUCUUACAUCUCGUGAUGGAGUUCCUGGGCUUACAUUUCACGCAUUUCCCGUUCGGCAAGCAGAUCGUUGCGUGAAAUGGCUGGUCAACUGUGGACUGGAUGACUGGGUGGAGAUGUCUGAAAAGGACUUAAAACUGCGAUACAUUUGCAGCAGGCAUUUCUCAGAAGACAACUUUUACGCCACUGGUCGAUUGAAACGCGAGGCUGUACCAAUAAUUUUAGGCUUAGAAAAUCCAAAUCUAAAAACAAGUAAAAACGCUUGCAAAGUGCGCAAAGUCGUGUCAACAGAAACAGACUUUCUAAAGAAGCAAAUUGAGAAAUUAGAAACAAAAUUGGAAAAGGAACGUCAAAAGAGAAUGGAAUGUCGGGCGAAACUGUGCGCGACGAGAGUGGCACUGUCUCGGCUAAAGUCGAAGCUCAGCGAAGGAACUUUUCAAGAUAUUUAUUUAAAUAAGGCGCUGGCUAACAAACUGCAAGGCUUUGUGUUGACAUUCAUUCGAAUGCAGUUGUUCCAUAAGCAAUCUACGUGCUACACCACUGACGAGCAAAGGUUGUGCAUGAUGAUGCACUGCAUCUCCCCUGCACUGUAUUCGAAAAUGCGGGACGAUUUCAAAUUCGUGCUUCCAAACGAAAUCACCAUGGUUCGGUGGUUCAACAAACUGAACAUAUCGCCGAAAAAGGCCAGUCUAACAGGAUCCUUCAACUUCGAGAAAAGGGAGCAAAGUGCAGAGGCGCAGCAACAAAAUAAUUUAAUUACGGAAGAUGCGCCGGUGUCUGAGGUUCAUGCGUUGUCUCCAUUAAACGAUUUUAUGGAAACUUCCGAGGUUGAUUCAGUUGAAGGAGAGCAGGUGGAAAUGCUGGAAGAUGAUUCGCAGAGGGAAUUAUCGGAGGAGCAAUUUGAAGCUUUAGAAAACGAAAGACUGGAAACGGAGAUAAUUGUUGAAGAGAUAAACCAGUCAGUGGAGUCGUCUUCAGAGAAAGAAGAUGGCGAUCUGGAAUAUGUCACUGUGGACGAGAAUGACCAAAUAAUUAAGGAAAAGUGUCUAUUUGUAACGUGUUUAGAAGACAAAAACGGAAGGCAAAUUUUAACUGAAGUACUCGAUUUUAACAGUGAUGAAGUUGGUGAUGAACUCAAAGUGCUAGAAGAAUUAGAAAACGUCAGUGAUGAUUUCGAUACAGCCCAACACAUAGAGGAGUCAGAACAGUAUAUAAUUGAACUGCAAAAAUAAACUAAAGCUAUUGUUCAGAAAAUUCUAAAUUGCGUAAAAGUUAUGGAAAAAUAAACGUUUAUUUACUCUUUAAA